CCAAAAAAUGAGCGACUCCCUUGAACUCGUCACCUCCUCCUCCUCCGCGCACCCCUCCAACCUCCUCCCAGAGCUUUGCCGCCUGUUCUACACAUUAGGAUGGGUAACCGGUACCGGCGGAGGAAUCUCCAUGCGUCUCGAUGAUCUGGUCUACAUCGCCCCAUCCGGCGUACAGAAGGAGCGUUUGAAGCCCGAAGAUCUGUUCGUGAUGGCGUUUAGCACGAAGGAGUAUAUCCGUCGGCCGCUAUCACUCAAACCCUCUGCUUGCACACCUUUGUUCAUGGCUUCCUACACUAUGCGCGGCGCAAUGGCCUGCAUCCACACCCAUUCCCAAAACGCAGUAUUGGCAACCCUCCUCUACCCCGGUCCCACCUUCACCAUCUCCAACCAAGAAAUGAUCAAAGGCAUCCCCCGCGGCCGUCCCUCCGCCGGCUACCUCGGCUUCUACUCCACCCUCACCGUCCCCAUCAUCGAAAACACCGCCCACGAAGAAGAUCUCCGCGAAAGUCUCGAGAAGGCAAUCGAAGCAUACCCGGAGACAUGUGCGGUGCUAGUGAGGAGACAUGGUGUUUAUGUGUGGGGGGAUACGUGGGAGAAGGCGAAGACACAGGCGGAGUGCUAUGAUUAUUUGUUUGGGAUGGCGGUUGAGAUGAGGAGGUUGGGGAUGGAUCCUUGUGAGAGGAUUGAACUUAACCCGGCUGACGCUGCGAAGCCGAAUUGCUCUCACUAAACAUACACAACAGACAUUCGGUAGAGAUUAGGUCUCGAUUAUAUUGGAUCUAGUUAAUACUCCCCGUACUAGGAAUAACCAUACUAAAAUUCUGAUAAAACGAACUCAUGGGAUUAUCCC